AGCGGGCAGAUGACGCUGCCGCAGCAGCCAAGAAAAGGGCAGAGAAUGCCGGCAGGCACGUCUGCUGGCCGUGCAACAACAGCGCCAGCACGACGAGGCAGCAGCAAGGGCUGUCGAUGAAGAAAGGACACAGCGUCGUGAGAAGAUAUUCAUCGGAGAGCGGGCAUUACUUACCAUGGCAGCAGAAUGGCGAAGCGAGGCCGAGAAUAACCAGUUGGAGGAUAGCGCAAACAAGAUAGCGCUCCUCUUCUCGCAUCUCACGGAUCUCCUGGCAACCUGCAUUACACAGCAGGCAGAGAUCCGUGGUCUCGACAACUCGGUAGCUCAUCUCCAAGACCGCCUUCAUCAGGUGGAGCAGCGACCAGUCGCCGCCGCCGACGCAGGCUCUUCCAAUACUGCCGACCGCCUCACCGCAUUGAAGAUGCACGUUGGCUCCCUCCAGGACGGUGCACCGUUACAGCAUACCGUGACGCAACAGUUGCAGCAGCGGAUCUGCACUACCGCCACCACCUCGAGUCCGGAGCCGCGCGAGACAGCUCCUAAGUUCGAUGGGCAGGAGAUCUUCCACGACUCAAUCAAGACAGAUCCAAUUCCAUGGUUUCGCAAGUUCGAGCUCACGCUGCAGCUCCACAACGUCAAGGAACACAAGCAUCACACCUACUUGUACUCUCGCUCAGGGGGCGCGUGUCAGGCUUGGUUGGACAACCUGUUGUCCAAGUACGGAGUGAUAGCUAAUGACUUGCACACCAAGAUCACCUGGGAUGAUCUGAAGGCGGCGUGGCACAAGCGGUUCCAGGUGGAGCCGCCAAAGAUCAAAGCCAUGGACAAGCUCAUGGUUUUCGAGCAAGGCACGCUGCCGAGUACGGACUGGAUCGUCGAGUACCAACGCUUGACGUCAGUCCCAGACAUCCAGAUGGGCUUCAAGGCCAUCCGCCACUACUUCAUCUCAAGGUCAUGUCCGGCAUUGAGCAAUGCCCUGACGCAUGUCGAGGACACCUUGACGACGACGGCGAAAUUAUUUGACAAGGCUGCGCAGAUCAUCGUCACGAACAAGGAGGCCAAGAACCUUCGUUCAUCUGCAUCAGGCCCGAGCAGGGACCAGCAUCGGCCAAGAGUGGCCAGUAGGGAGAGAAUGAGCAGACGUUUUGCCAGUGCUUAAUCCUCCCCAGUUGGGAACCAACAAAUGCUGCUUGGCUCC